GGUCGGAAUUUCGACCAAUAAAGAGUACCCAAAAUAGUCCAUUUCAGCCCGCACUCACGCGCAAGCCCGACCCGAUUUUUUCUUUUUCGUUUUCUUUUUCUUCUUCGUGGGAAAGAAAAGGUUGAAUAUAGUUGAAAGUUUGUUGAAGAAUUUUGAGGGAAAUUGAAAUAUUGAUUGUCGUUUCUAUUCUUUUACGGGAGAUAUUUUGUUUAGUUUUGAAUUGGGUUUGAAGGAACUAGUUCUUGAGGAGCGUCAUUGUCGCCGGGUGGUAUUCGUAGAGUUGAAGUGUUAGAUCAAGUCAGGUUCAUAGAGGUGGUUGGUUUUAAAGGCUGAGAUUUAGCUAAUGGGUUUUGAAGGUUGGAUAUGGAUGAAUGUGGGUUGGAGUUUGGAUCAGGAAUCUUGUGGCAGGCAAAAGCAAUUGUGUAAAUCAUGCCUCUCGAUAACGUAAUAACUUCACCUCAUCGGAGAACUCAGCCGCAGACUGCAUUUUCUCCACCAUUAGUGAAGAGACAUCAUUCACGACUUGAUGAAUUAGGAAGCUGGUCAACACUUGCCCAACGACAUCGUUUCCUCCUUACUGCUCUCGCUCUCCUUGCGUUUCUAUGCACUAUUUAUCUUUACUUUGCCGUCACGCUUGGGGCUGGUGAUACGUGUUCCGGGCUGACUGGUGCCCAGAAAACAUCUUGUCACUUGCAGCAGGCAAAAGCAUCUGUAGCAAAAGGAAAGCUGAAAUUCUUUUAGCAUCUACCAUUUUCUACAUUAUAGUCUUUCCUUGAUCCUAUAAGGUUAUACCCUUAGGUUAUCCUGGUCUUUCACGAGCUGACUCAUUAUUGGUGUGUAUACGCAGACAAGAAUUUUCUUUUUCCUUUUCUUUUUCUCUUUCUUUUUAUUGGGGGGUGGGGACAAACAGAUUUUGAAACACUGAAUAGUCGCCAGAAAGAAGAUUCAGAUAUAGUAUGGAUUUCUGUUGAUGAUUGCUGUUCCCUGAAAGAUAAUUCUGAAGAUUACGAGAGUAUUUUGGUCCAAAGCCUUUUCUUUUGCAGUCAAUUCUUCCUUUUUUCUUUCAUUUCUUUCUCCUGCAAGAAGAUGUGCUAAUCUUGAACAGAACAGACUGUUAGAUCAUGUACAUUUUAUGACAUCUUAUGCACUCAAAUUUCUAA